UUAAAGUAUGUAUAUUCGUAUUGUUCCCAUGGCAACAGUAACAAAAUGAUAAUUAUUGUACUAAUAAUCUCUAUUUAUCAGUGUCGUAUAAACCAGGAUAAAGAGAGGUUAGUUUAUUGGUGUAUCAAGCAAUAUGGACUUUUAUUAUUUCUUUUAUUGAUUACCGAGCGCCUUGCGGAUAAUAUAGGUAAUAACAGUGUGAAUCAAUUGCAGUUUUCUCUUUUAUCGGUAAUGGCCAUCGUGCACUUCAGCUGCGUAAAAUAAUCAAUAAACAGCAGUUCUAGUGAGUUAUUAAUACAUUACUGUAAAAAUGGAGUUAUACCUCCGUACCAGUGUAAUUAUUUAAACAAUUCUAAUGGUAAAACGAGCUGCUGUUUUAUAAAAUCAACUGAAUAUAUACACCUGUCAAAACUAGCAAGACCAUUUCGUAUCCUUGGUGACUGCCUAGCAACCGACACAACAACAUAGCAACAUUGGAGACCGACAGGAGUAGCCUUGGUGACGCAACCAUGGCAACUACAGCUCGUUUCGUAGCAGGCGGAGGUAGCAGCAGCCCUCCUACUCCAGCGCCGGCUACUACACCCCCGGCUCAGCCUCAACAAACUCAGCUCAUUGUUCUGCCAGCUAGUUUACAUCAGACCGCAACCGGUACCAUAGUCAACGGUGUGCCGGUUAUAGACGUUUCCGCGUUGGAGCAAGCUGCCGAUUCGAGUAACGAAAGCAGUGCUACUGCCGAACAACCGACCGAGAACCACGAUUCCGAUCCGCUUGCGACCACGUCCCCUCAUUUCAUAACUGUUACAGUAGCGGAAGGUGACAGUGUGGCUUCUCAUCAAGGCUACCACAUCCAAUAUGUCGAACCGGAAAUAUACGCUACCCAAACGAACGGCGGACAGGCACAGAUGGCGUAUCCGGUUUAUACAGUCGGAGAAUCGGCGACCCUUUAUCCGAUUACGAACGCCGGACAGGGACAAGGUCAAUAUUAUGCAGCUACGAAUUCCGGUACGACAACUGUUACGGGUACCGUCGGUUAUACCACAACCGGAGGACAGUACGUAGUUCAGCACGCCGUGGAUCCGGAGUCUCUCAUCUCUAACAGGGUAUCACCUCAAACUACUAGUGCGGAAACGAGUUACGUUGCUACAGCGACAGUGCAUGCUUCUCAGCCUUCGGUAGUUACAGGUGAAGACGUAGGAUCAGCCCUGGGACACGCCACAAGGGUGUCUCCGGCCACCGUUCAAUGGUUAUUGGAAAAUUAUGAAACUGCUGAAGGUGUUUCGCUACCUCGAUCUACUUUAUACGCUCACUACCUCAGGCAUUGCGCCGAUAACAAAUUGGAACCCGUAAACGCGGCUUCCUUCGGGAAACUAAUAAGAUCCGUAUUUUUGGGAUUGAGAACGAGACGUCUAGGAACCAGGGGAAACUCGAAAUAUCACUACUACGGCAUCCGAGUUAAACCCGGUUCUCCUUUGAUGAAUCUGGAAGAUCAAAGUAGUCGAGUGGUUCUAAAUAGUUCGAGUACCAACGGUAAAGCUCAAGGUACCGUUAGACCUUUCAAACGAAGCUCGGAAUCGUCCGAUUCCAUAUCGAAUUCCGGGUUAUCGCAACACAUCGGUUAUUUAGGUGAUGGUAGUACUGCCAUUCCAGUAUUUCCUGAUAUACAAUUCGAUGAACCGUUACCUGACGAAUGUGGCUUCGAUGAUGUGGAUACUUUGAAAUCUAUUUACAGGGAACAUUUGGAAGCGUUUUUGGAUGCAAUUUUGAGUCUCGAAUUUGCGACUGUCGAAUCGCUUUGGAGGGAAUUUUGGAGGUCUCAGUAUAACAAUAACAGCGACGAAUGCGAAGAAGAAAAAUAUCUCUCGAAAUCGAAAUUAUUUUCUUUAUGCAAUUUGGAACCCGUUCAACAUUUCAUGCGACAAGUCGAUCUGAUUUUUUACCAGAAUCUCAUUCAAGUUUUGGUACCCGACGUUUUGAAACCCAUACCUGCCACUUUGACUCAGAGUAUACGGAAUUUUGCCAAAAAUUUAGAAAAUUGGUUGACGAGUGCUAUGGCUGGAGCUCCGCAGGCUAUGCUCCAAAUAAAACUCACCGCGGUAUCGGCAUUUAGCAGCAGUUUGAGACGCUACACUUCCCUCAAUCAUCUUGCUCAAGCAGCCAGAGCCGUGUUGCACAAUAGCAACCAAAUCGGACAGAUGUUGGCGGAUUUGAACCGAGUGGAUUUCCAUAGCGUUAGAGAACAGGCAUCUUGGGUAUGUCAGUGCGAUAACGAUUUAGUGGCCCGUUUCGAAAACGAUUUUAAAUUGACGCUCCAACAACAAAACUCUUUGGAGCAAUGGGCGUCUUGGUUAAAAAAUGUCGUAAAAAGCGCGCUGAAGCCUUACGAAGGCAAACCGAGCUUCUCGAAAGCGGCAAGACAAUUUUUACUCAAAUGGAGUUUCUACAGUUCAAUGGUAAUAAGAGAUUUAACGCUUAGAUCGGCGGCUAGUUUCGGUAGUUUUCAUUUAAUCAGGUUGCUCUACGAUGAAUACAUGUUUUAUUUGAUUGAACAUCAAGUAGCCGAAGCCACUGGAGUCGUACCUAUUGCCGUUAUUUUGGAAGGAAUAAAACAGGACAUACUGGAGAAUAGUCUGAGCGUUUAUGGUAACGACAAUUUUACAUCAACGAAAUUGCUUUGCGCCAGUCCCACAGAGCCCUUAUCAAAACGUUCCAAAAUUAGCUAGCUCAAAAACCAGAAAACCAAACUUGUUAUUCCACCAUUUCAUUAACACUACUACUAUCAUAGGUUAUUUUUUUUUUUCUUUUUAUUCAAAUCUUUUUAUCUUUUUUCCCGUUUAUAGGGACCACGUUCUUAAUUUGUUUAUUGUAUUAUAUUUUAUUUGAUCAUUUUAAGUGAAGUAAGCCGAUUAGCAUUUUAAAAUAGCAAAUGUUACUCGAUGAAUUUUUGUUGCUUCAUAUAUGUCGAAGGGCUUAAUUCACUUGAAAAUUUCAACUUUGAGUAGAAAGAUGACAAAAAAUACCGUAGCGAUUGUAAUGAACUGUUUAGGUGUGUUAUAUUUGUGCAAUCUCGGUUAUAUUCAUGUAUAACCGCAUAUGUAAGUGCCGUCAAAACAUUUGUGUGACAAAUAAUAAGUGUGUAUAUAUAAACGUUUUAUAUUUUGGCACUUAUUUGAUUUGUUUUGUCGAUUAAUGAAGGUGUAUUUAACACGUUGGCUGCCUAUACACACCUCAUUGGUUUCCUCAGCAGGACCGUCUUUAUGUCUAUCCCCAGGACCCUUUAGGGCCAAAUAAUAGUUGAAAAAAAUAAUUCAAACAAAUUUUAUCUUAAACAACAGGGUGAAUGUAUUAAUAAACUGUUUAUGCUUCCAAAUGCUCUUGAUUUUAGGUCUCUUCUUAGAAAUUUUGUCAUUUCGAUCCCUUUUAGUCUUUAUCAAAAUAUUUUUAGUCGAAACGUCAAAAUUUUUUUCUUUCUUUAAAAAAUUAUAAAACAAACUAAUUUUGAAUCAGAAGAGAUUUAAAACGAGAACAUUUAGAAGCAUAAACGUAUCAAAAGGUCUAAGAAAUACCAAAUUAAAAAAAAUUUGAAAAAUUGUUUUCAUACGGAUCAUAAAUUUUUUUUAAGUGAAAAUUUUCAUAUAAAUUGAUGAAGCCGGAGAAAUUUUUUGUUUCUUUCUGAAUAUUAUGUAAUCUUGUACACUGAGAAACUUUUUUUUUUAUAAAAGGGCCUCAAUUUAUGUUAGGUUUAGUGCCACUUGGUUUUGAAAGACGGUUCUGUUUCUUCUAUUAAUUAUUAUGAAAUAAAAUUUAAUAAUAAAACAAUAAAUAUCACCUUCAUAUAGA